CCGGGUGUGUUACCGAUACCUGUAGCUAACUUUCCGCAGUAAACAAGCUCCGAGGACUACGAUAAGCUACAGUGGUCCCAAAUGCCCGUGUUUUACCAGUCUUAAAACUGAUUAUUGGCGCGACUAACGCAUGCUGCGCGUCAAUAAAACUAUAGAAUUGUACUAAUCUUAUUCAAGCGGCGGGGUUUGUUCUUCUUAGCCGGCUAGCUUGCUAACCGUAGCAGAGGAGCAGCCUAGUUGGAGCCGAACAAACCUGAACGCGCAUGCAGGGCAGUAAUUUAGGACAUAAUUGGGACCUGAUCUCCUGCAUUGAUCUGUGUUAGAUGUCGCUGGUGGACCUGGGGAAGAGGCUGCUGGAGGCGGCUAGGAAAGGGAACGACGAUGAAGUCCGAACUCUGAUGGCCAAUGGAGCGCCGUUCACCACAGACUGGCUGGGGACGUCCCCCCUCCACCUUGCCGCUCAGCACGGCCACUACUCCACCGCAGACGUCCUGCUGAGAGCUGGCGUCAGCAGAGAUGCUCGUACCAAAGUGGACAGGACCCCGCUGCAUAUGGCAGCUGCAGAGGGACACACAGAAAUUGUGGAGCUGCUGAUCAGGAGCGGUGCAGACAUCAAUGCCAGAGACAUGCUGAAGAUGACGGCCCUUCAUUGGGCGGCGCAGCACGGAUACCAGAGCGUCUGCGAGACCCUCAUCAAACAUGGGGCUGACGUGCAUGCGCGCAGUAAAUUCGACAAGACGCCGUUUGACAUUGCGGCGGACAUCCAGAACACUGAGCUGAUGCUACUGCUGCAGGAGAGCAUGCAGAACCAGGUAAACAUGAACCAGGUGAGCAUGAAUGUCGAGACGACCAGCACCACCAACCAGCCACAGUUCAUAAUCCAGGGGAUCCCUGCCAUCCAGGGGGGGGUGGUGAACCUGGCGGAGCUGCUCAACAAGGCAAACGCAGGAGAAUCAGAGGAGGCAAUGGCUGCCAGUGCUCUUGACUCCAAUAUCCAGCAUACCGCUGUGGUCAACGAAAGUGGCCAGAGAGUCAUCACCAUUGUGACGGACCAGCAUGGCAACCUUCAGACUACAGGAGGGAUGUCCCAGCCCUUUUUUGUCACCAUGCAGCACGGGCAGCAGAUGCUUGCUGUGCCGGCCAACACGGUGACAGAGGAGGUGGUGACGGAGGAGCCUCAGCCUCCACCUUCCAGGAAGAGGAAGUUAGAGGUGACCAACAACCACAACGACACGGGAGAAACUGAGUUGCUGCAGAGACAACUGCUGGAAGCAAACAGGAAGGCUCAGGAGUAUCGCCAGCAGCUCCUCCGUAAAGAGCAGGAAGCCGAGGAGUACCGCAUGAAGCUGGAAGCCAUGGCUCAAAGUCAGGCCAACACCAGCAACGGCGGCACUGCCGUCAGCGCCGGAGCCAACGCCGCCAGUCCGGAGGAAGUGGUGGGAGGGGAGGAUGAGGAGGAGGGAGCUGCCAGCGUGGUGGAAGAGGAGGGAGAGAUGGUGGUGCUGCAGGAGGGAGGCAUCAUCAUGGAGGGGGAGGAAGGUCAGGUGACGCUUGUGGAGACGGGCGGGGAGGCGACGCAGGUCAGCUCCUAACGGAAGAGGGUUAGGAGCGGGGCGACGCAUCGUAACAGGAGGUGGCCGAUUAGACUCUGCAUUUAAUUGACAUGGAGAGGAAGGAGCUGACUCACCGCGGGGAAAUAACGUGUUUAGAAUAUCCCCAAAUAUCCGAAACAAAGAAGCUCAGCGGAGAGUGAUGGACCAACCAGGAUGAUGUAGUUCAGCUCUGCUUAAUUUGAAAUCCCUCAAUGGCUAGAUGGUAACAGAUCAGGUAGACAUUACGGACAACUACAGUUGACACGCCUGUUCCUUUCUUCCUGAACAUGGUCCAACAGAAAGGGAAAAGAUGCAUGAACCAUCAAGGAUCAGUACAAUAGUUUUCUCUACUUUGUCAUCUGCCGGCGAACAAUAACCUGGACGGUGAUGGGAGGAGAUGCAAGGAGACAAAGGUUUACGUUCCAUAACCAUCGCUACGACAACAUCCUGCUUCCCUGUUGGAAAUGUGACACAAAAGAAGCUUAGGCUUUUAGUUUGUCCUUUGUUACAGUUGCUUCCUCAUUCUGAUGACUUUGAAUGACUCAAUCAUACCCAUUUAUUUUAUUUUUCUACAUACAUUGUGUUUAGUAUUUGUCCGAGUUAGAUUUAUAGUCAGUUUCUGCUUGUUUUAUGGCUUCAUAACUGAUCUAGUCAGCUUGUCAGAAAAAUCUUUGCAGUAAUUGGAAACUACAGUAGUUCCUGCUUUACUGAUCCUCAUAACAGAAGCUUUCACUCACUCUGUUCUUUGGAUGCUUUCAGGUGGGAUUAUCUUUGUCAUUUAAUUGUGAACCCUACGCCCCGUCACACAACCCUUCUGGACUGGUUAAAUGGUGGGCAGC